CAAGCAGUUAACAGGGAAUGGGAGGAGAUGUGUUGAGACGCUUCAUCGUGCUGCAGCGUUUCUUUUGCCGUCUAACCGAGUGCACACCAGGCAGCUGAACUGAACCACGUGCGAGUGACCUGCAGAAAAAAAGAGAUCAGUUUUAACUCAUUAUUAUAGUGUUUCUGUGGAACACCUACCAGCCAUGGUGAAACUCGCGAAGGGGGCAAAGAAACAAGUGAAGGAAGCCCCACCAAAGAAAAAGGCUCCUCCACCUCCAAAGCAGGUCGAAGAGUCCAGUGAGGAGGAAAGUGAUGAUGAAGAGGCUCCACCACCUAAAGCUGCAGUGAAGAAGAAUGCCACUCCAGCAAAGGCAGUAAAAAAUGGAAAAGCCCCUGCCAAGAAAGAAAGUGACGAUGAUGAAUCUGAGGAAGAGGCUAAAGUUCCAGUCACCAAAGCAGCUCCUGCCAAGAAAGCAGCAGCUGCUGCGGAAUCAGAUGAUGAUGAGGAUGAUGAUGAUGAAGAAUCUGAGGAGGAGCCACCCAAAAAGGCUACCCCAGCUAAAUCAGCCAAGGCUGCCCCAUUGAAGGGUAAAGCAACUCCUGCAAAGAAGGCGGAGUCUGAUGAUGAUGAGGAUGACGACGACGACGAUGAUGAGGAAUCAGAAGAGGAGGCUCCUCCUCCUAAAAAAGCAGCUCCAGCUAAACCUGCCGCUAAAGCAGCUCCAGCUAAACCUGCCGCUAAAGCAGCUCCAGCUAAACCUGCCGCUAAAGACGAGUCGGAGGAGGAGGAUGAUGAUUCAGAAGAGGAGGAAGAGGAAAUGGACACGACGCCUGCACCAGCUAAAAAAGCACCAGUGAAGAAGGCCAAGGAAGAAUCUGAAGAGGAAGAUGAUGACGACGAGGAAGAUGAUGAUGACGACGAGGAUGACGACGACGAGGAAGAAGCUGCUCCUGUAACACCAGGAAAGAGAAAGGCUGAUGUAAAGAAGGAUAAAGAAACACCACCAGCUAAAAAAACAAAAGCUGAUGGUGAAGCUUUCAGCUUGUUUAUGGGCAACCUGAACGCAGAUAAGAGCUUUGAAGAAAUUAAAGAGGGCAUCAGCAAAUUCUUCAAGAAAGAGGGCCUUGAUAUUCAGGAUGUUCGUCUUGGAGGCUCGAAGAAGUUUGGUUAUGUUGACUUUGGCACAGAAGAAGAGCUUCAGCAAGCCCUUGGCCUCAGCGGGAAGAAGUUUAUGGGUCAGGCGAUCAAACUGGACCGAGCAAGAAGCAAAGAGGACUCUCAGGAAAGCAAAAAGGAGAGAGAUGCCCGGACACUGUUUGUCAAAAAUCUGCCAUACUCAAUAACCUCAGAUGAGCUUAAGGAGAUUUUUGAUCAAGCACUGGAUGUCAGAGUACCUGUCGGCCCCAACGGCAGCAGCAGAGGAAUUGCGUAUAUUGAGUUCAAGACAGAAGCAAUUGCUGAGAAAAUGAUGGAGGAGACACAGGGUUCAGACGUUCAGGGCCGAUCCCUCAUGGUGGACUUUACAGGUGCCAAAAGCCGACAGGGUGGCAAAGGACCAGCGUCUGCACCUGCAAACAAAGUUCUGGUUGUAAAUAAUCUAGCAUUCAGUGCCACAGAGGAGUCUCUUCAGAGCGUGUUUGAGAAAGCUGUCGCUAUCAGAAUACCACAGAAUAACGGCCGGCCAAAAGGAUAUGCUUUUGUCGAAUUUGAAAACACAGAUGAUGCCAAGGAGGCUAUGGAUUCAUGCAAUAACACAGAUAUUGAAGGCAGGAGCAUCAGACUGGAGUUCAGCCAGAGCAGAGGAGAGAGUGGAGGCCGAGGAGGAUCAGGACCCACAAAAACACUGUUUGUUAAAGGCCUAUCAGAUGACACGACAGAUCAAACGCUGAGGGAUGCUUUUGAGGGUGCUGUUGCUGCCAGAAUUGCUACAGAUAAAGAUACCGGAUCGUGUAAAGGGUAUGGUUUCGUUGACUUUGACAGUGAGGAAGACUGCAAAGCAGCGAAGGAAGCGAUGGACGAUGCAGAGAUAGACGGAAAUAGAGUGACUCUGGACUAUGCCAAGCCAAAAGGAGAAGGAGGAAGAGGUGGUGGACGUGGAGGGUUUGGAGGUGGACGAGGAGGAUUUGGAGGACGAGGAGGGUUUGGAGGAAGAGGAGGUGGAAGAGGUGGAUUUAGAGGUGGGAGAGGAGGCGGUGGACACCGCGGUGGGGGUAGAGGAGGAUUCAGAGGUGGCCGAGGUGGUGGAGGUGGAGUAAAACCUCAAGGAAAGAGGAUCAAAUUUGAUGAUUAAAAAGUACCCUCCUUUUUUAUAUAUAUUUCCAAAUACAAGGACUGUGUUUCUUCUUGAGUGGUCUGUUGGGCAUUCCAACAUCCAUAUUUUUCUGUCUGAAAGCUUCUUGCAUCCUCAUAUGUUCCUCUUCAUCUCUGUACAUCUUCAUGUUUUCCCCAAUUUUGUGGGAGAAAAGUUGAAAUGUGAAUGAAUGUUCUUUAUUUUUCCCUUCAUUUUUACUGUUUUUGUUAAAAUAUCCCUAAAUAAGUUUUGUUUAUUUUUUUCUUUAGGUGCGUGUUUUACCAUAAACUGUACAAAGCCUAUUAUAAAAGAUGAACGAUUAAACAUGCCCAAUCAUGUGUUUGGGCUUUUUGAAAUCUGGUUAAAUUGUGUACUGUCAUAAAUCUGUGUGAGUUGUUGCUUUGAUCAGAAAUGCCUUGAUGGUUUGUAGAGAGCAGUCAGUGUCUGGAUUAUAUCUAAUUACAUAAACUUUUUACUUGUUUGUGUUGGAAGUGAUAAAUUUUAAAUAAACUUAAUGAUUUGUAACA